UUGGGCAGCAGAGUCCGCCUGGAGGCGAAGAGGUGCGAGCCAUGGCGGCUGUGGUGUCUGCGGCUGCGCUGCGGUCCCGGAUCCUGCAGAUUUCUUCCAAGGUGAACUCCACUUGGUACCCAGUAUGUUCCUUCUCUUCUUCAGCGCCAACAGUAAAGCUCUUCAUUGAUGGAAAAUUUAUUGACUCCAAAAGUGAUAAAUGGAUUGACAUCCACAAUCCAGCCACCAAUGAGGUCAUUGGCCGGGUUCCCCAGGCCACCAAGGCCGAAAUGGAUGCGGCUGUCGCUUCCUGCAAACGUGCAUUUCCUGCAUGGGCAGACACUUCAAUAUUAAGCCGUCAGCAGGUCCUGCUUCGCUAUCAGCAACUUAUUAAAGACAAUUUGAAAGAAAUUGCCAGGUUAAUCACGUUGGAGCAAGGGAAGACCCUCGCUGAUGCUGAAGGAGAUGUUUUCCGAGGCCUUCAGGUGGUUGAACAUGCAUGUAGUGUGACAUCGCUCAUGCUGGGAGAGACCAUGCCGUCUAUCACCAAAGACAUGGACCUUUAUUCCUACCGUCUGCCACUGGGGGUGUGUGCAGGCAUCGCUCCAUUCAAUUUUCCUGCCAUGAUCCCCCUUUGGAUGUUUCCUAUGGCCAUGGUGUGUGGGAAUACCUUCCUAAUGAAGCCAUCAGAGAGAGUCCCUGGAGCAACUAUGCUUCUUGCUAAGUUGCUCCAGGACUCCGGUGCCCCUGAUGGAACACUGAACAUCAUUCAUGGACAACAUGAUGCUGUAAAUUUUAUUUGUGAUCAUCCGGAUAUCAAAGCAAUCAGCUUUGUGGGAUCCAACCAGGCAGGAGAAUACAUCUUCGAGAGAGGGUCAAAACAUGGCAAGAGAGUUCAAGCCAAUAUGGGUGCCAAGAACCACGGAGUGGUCAUGCCUGAUGCCAAUAAGGAAAAUACCUUGAAUCAGCUGGUUGGGGCAGCUUUCGGAGCAGCUGGCCAGCGAUGCAUGGCUCUUUCCACAGCGAUCCUUGUGGGUGAAGCUAAGAAGUGGCUGCCUGAGUUGGUGGAACGUGCCAAAAACUUGAGAGUCAAUGCAGGAGACCAACCUGGAGCUGAUCUCGGCCCUCUGAUCACCCCCCAGGCCAAAGAGAGAGUCUGUAAUUUGAUUGAUACUGGAACUAAAGAGGGAGCUUCACUUCUUUUGGAUGGUCGGAAAAUUAAAGUCAAAGGCUAUGAAAAUGGCAACUUUGUUGGACCAACCAUCAUCUCGAAAGUCAAGCCAAAUAUGACUUGUUACAAAGAGGAGAUUUUUGGUCCAGUUCUUGUGGUUCUGGAAACAGAAACUUUGGAUGAAGCCAUCAAGAUUGUGAAUGAAAAUCCAUAUGGAAAUGGCACUGCCAUCUUCACCACCAACGGAGCCACAGCUCGGAAAUAUUCCCACCUGGUGGAUGUAGGGCAGGUGGGUGUGAAUGUCCCCAUUCCAGUGCCUUUACCAAUGUUCUCAUUCACCGGUUCUCGCUCUUCCUUCAGAGGAGACACCAAUUUCUAUGGCAAACAGGGCAUCCAGUUCUAUACACAGCUAAAGACAAUCACUUCUCAGUGGAAAGAAGAAGAUGCUACUCUUUCCACACCUGCUGUCGUCAUGCCUACCAUGGGCCGUUAGGAACGAGAUGGUUCCAGACUCAACCCAUCCUGAGUGCUCUCCCUGUGUGCUCUUCAUUUGCAACUUUGCUCAAAGCAAAUACCUAGGACCGGAAUACCACAUAACUAAAACCUGUCUCAGGACCAUUAGUCCCUGAAAGUUGGUUGCUUGAGGGAGAAACCUAGUAUAACUUUAAUAGCAGAUUUUUCCCUUGCUCUUUAUACUUUAUUUUUUAAGAUGGUGGUUAUAACAGUGAAAUACUUAUCUGGAAUGAGAGCUUAGAUCUGUUUUCUAAAAGUUCUCCUCUCUUCUAUUGUCUUGAAGGAAGGGAAUAUUUGUAUAUUGGAAGACAAAAGAUCUUCCAAUUGGAAGAGGACCUCGGUAUCGAUAGGAAAAUAGGAAAGAAAGAAAUCCUACUUUAGUCGAUCCACAAAUACAAUACUAUAUAUAUGCCAGUGGAAAGACCCUUCUAUAACCCUUCCUGAGCCUCUCAUUAUCUUAUAACACACAGAAUUCAUUUCUACUUAUCCCACAAUUGUGACAACUGCUUCUCUAUUUUCCGACUGCCACUGUGUCUUCAAUGAUUCAUGACCGUUGAUUUUGUCACUGUCAUUGUACUUGUUAUUCAAGGAUACCUCAGUAUAUGCUGGAUAAAAGUUUUUUAUAUGUGCCAAGGGUUCAAUUUCAGAUUUGAAUUGGUGAACAAUUAAUAUGUAAUUCAUUAAUUUAGAUCCAAAUAGGGUUCUUGUUUUCUCUCUCUCCUUAUCUUUCUUUGGAAAAUUAUUGUGAACAUUUGAGGCCUACACACUAUAUGGAUUUCAUGAAAGUGGGCAAUUGUCUUGCUUUAAGCAAGUCUUAAUCAAAACAUUACUUGUUUCCUUCUUCCUGCAUUUCUGCUUGGUGACACUUUUUUUUUUUUUGUCACACUUUUUAAUGAAAGAGUGCUUCAUGUAUGUAGGCCCUCAUUAGGGCCUAAGAAAUUUUAAAACUUUUCAUGGCAUAAAGGAGUAAAAAUGAAAUAUUUUUGGCAGGUUUUCUGUCAAGAAUUCAGCUGUUCUUAUCAUUUUUAUUUCAUUGGUACAGUUAAACAUCAGGUUCACACAGAUAUAACUUGAUGUACUAACCAAAACAGUUCCUCCUUUUGUUCUACCUGCCUUUCUGACAGUGAACUAGGAGAAGCCUGCUGGCUCCGAGAGUCCUCUCAGCUCUCAGUCAGAAGACACAGAUCAUUUAUUUUUGUUUCCUCAUUAGUCAUAUGGAUGAUGCUAACCUAAUCCAUGGAAGGUUAUUUAGGGAAUUAAGGAUAGUGAAAAUCAUGAAAAUAUCCGUGCACUCUAUGGAUUUAAGCUAAUUAUUACUACCUGUGGAUAGAAUUCAGAUUAAUGAAGUAACCGGAAUUUAAUAAAAAAUAUAUAUGAUCCUCAUAAGUCUUGUAUUUGCUUUCUUUCUUU